CCUUUCUGGCUUUCUGGGUUUUGUUGCUUGCUCCUUUGAUUCAGUCUUCCUUAAAGUAUUUCAGCAGAAUCUGUUGUUUUUUUAAAUGAAAAACAACCCUUUUUGUGCUUGUGACGGUGUUGAUUAUAUAAGAAGAAGAUGGGUUUCUUAAGAACAAUUUGUUUUUUGUUUUUGGUAGCGCUGCUUUGUUGUGUAUCAUUGACUUCUAGCUUAUGUUACUGUAAGAAUGGAGAAGAAGAAGCAUUUCUUAAUCGAUUGGUAGAUCCAGCAACUGGGGAGAUUGAUGAGAAUCUGGCGGAAUUGUUAUGGAUAAGUUGCAGACAAUAUUUGAACGAUUUAAAUGAAGCUUUUGAAGAUCCGAACUUAUAUCUUCCGGGACAAACACCUCGUAUUACCAAAGAUAUUACUACAAAAAGUUACUCAUUAGAGGGAGCAAGUGUUCGAAAAUUGACUAGUCUUCUCCAUCCCGAGCUAAAGCAAGCUCUUUGUGACUGCAUAAGAAAGAAUAAUCUUCUCUUUCAAGUAUCUGGAGAAGAUAGUAGCUUCAAGACUUGGUACACCAAAUAUUUUGAGUCAUUGUUUCACUGGCAUGAAGCUCCUAGAAGGGCUUUGGCUAGUGAGAGCAUUGCCAUAGCCCCUGCCUCGGACUCAGGACCAUCCCUGGCUCCUGGCCCUUUUCCUAAUUCUGAACUUCCUCGUUUGAGUCCAGAAAGUCCGGCAUCUUUGCCCUCUUUUUUCCCUAUACCUUCUAAUGAAGCUGCAAGUCCGAUAAAUGAUAUUCAAAACAAUAUAAGCCCAGCCAACAUGGACCCGACACACAAGGGGACCGAUAACAGUAGAACAAUUAUUAUUGCGUGUGUUGUGACUGCAGUAGUAACAUCUGUUGCUGCAGCAUUGUUCUUCUUGUUAUGCUGUCGUAGAGGUUCUUCAGCUAAACAAAAUGACAAGAGGCCCCUUCUCAGUUUAAGCUUAAAUGAAUUCUCCGCUGGUUCUUCUCAUGCAUAUGCCUUUGGAACUGAUAAAGAAGAGAAGCUAGGUCAACACUCGUUUGGAAAUGAAUUGAGCCUGCAUAAAAUGGCCUCGACUAAUGGGAAUGUUUAUAUUCAAUCUAAUGCCGAACUACUCUCCUUUGAUGGGAAGUCAUCAUUCGGAGCUGUUGCUGCUGCCCCCAUAGCCUCACCUGGAUCUUCUGAUAUAUCAGGCAAUACUAAGCCACCGCUACCGCUACCUCCAGGAAGGGUCGGUGCUUCCCGACCUGUAUUUCCUCCUUUGAAGCCUUCUCCGGGCAGAGCAGACCCUCUUCCUCCGGAACCUCCUGCCCCAAUUAGAGCCAGUUCUCCACCACCUCCUGCCCCCAUUAGAGCCAGUCCUCCACCACCUCCUGCCCCCAUUAGAGCCAGUCCUCCACCACCUCCUCCCCCCAUUAGAGCCAGUCCUCCUGCACCACCUCCUAAACCUCACCCCUCUAUGAAACCUCCUUCUGCUACUAUGGCCCCCCAACCUCCUCCACCACCUAUUCCACCUGGUGCCCAAACCGGUCCUCGCCCACCACCACCUCCAUCAGGUACCAGUCUCGGACCUCCCAGGCCACCUUCACCAAUGCCUUCAGGUCCGAAGGUGCCUCGACCACCAAGCGGACCACAACGAACAUCAAAUGCUAUCUCUGGCGAGGGAUCUGGCUCAGCAGACGAUGGCAAUGCUCCUAAAGCUAAACUGAAGCCAUUUUUCUGGGAUAAAGUUACAGCGAACCCUGAACAUUCGAUGGUCUGGAAUCAAAUUAAAUCUGGAUCAUUCCAGUUCAACGAGGAGAUGAUAGAAACGCUGUUCGGGUAUGCAGCCGUUGACAAGAACAAAAAUGAUAAAAAGAAAGAGGCCUUUACCCAGGAGUCUGUGCCUCAAUAUAUUCAACUCCUCGAUCACAAGAAGGCUCAAAAUUUAGCAAUCCUUUUGCGGGCGUUGAAUGUGACCACAGAAGAAGUUUGCGAUGCUCUUCGUGAAGGAAAUGAGCUCCCUGUUGAACUCCUCCAAAAUUUAUUGAAGAUGGCCCCGACAGCGGAUGAAGAACUCAAACUUAGAACGUUCAUUGGUGAAAUUUCGCAACUUGGUCCUGCCGAACGGUUCUUGAAAGUCUUGGUCGACAUCCCUUUUGCUUUUAAACGAAUGGAAACCCUGGUUUAUAUGUGCUCUCUUUCUGAGGAGGUUACUUUCACAAGAGAGUCCUUCGAAACAUUAGAGAUUGCUUGCAAGGAGCUCAGAAGUAACCGCUUAUUCCUCAAGCUUUUAGAAGCUGUUCUUAAAACCGGAAAUCGCAUGAAUGAUGGGACAUUCCGUGGUGGUGCACAAGCUUUCAAGCUCGACACACUUUUGAAGUUAUCAGAUGUUAAAGGAGUAGAUGGCAAGACCACACUCUUGCACUUUGUCGUCCAAGAAAUUAUACGCACCGAAGGCAUGAAAGCUGCCCGUAUUGCGAGAGAAAACAAAAGUUCCAUUGAUCUCGAGGAUGUUUCCCCAUAUCCGGAAGAGCACUACCAUGCACUUGGUCUUCAGGUGGUUUCUCAUCUGAGUAGUGAACUCGAAAAUGUCAAGAAAGCAGCAGCAAUAGAUGCCGAAACCUUAAGAGGAACCACUGCCAAACUUGGUCAUGGACUCCUAAAGGCACGGAAUUUCUUGAACUCGGAGAUGAAAAAUUUGAGGGAAGAAAGUGGUUUUCAUGAAACCUUAAAGAUUUCUGUGCAGAAUGCAGAGGUCGAUGUAACAUCGUUACUCGAGGAAGAGAAGAGAAUAAUGGCAAUGGUGAAGAGCACCGGUGAUUAUUUUCACGGUAACGCACAUAAGGAUGAGGGCGUACGCUUGUUCGUCAUCGUGCGUGACUUUUUGAUAAUUCUGGAUAUGGUUUGCAAAGAAGUUAGAGACGCUCCAAGGAAGCCAGUAAAAGCACAUAAAAAACAGGAGCCCAAUGCAUCAUCAUCUUCCUCCGAGUCCCGUUUCGCACCAACUUCCCCCGAUCCUCAUCAGAAGCUUUUUUCCGCAAUUGCUGAACGGAGGAGGAACGAUUAUAGUUCUCGUUCUGAUGAUGAGGGUUGAUGACUGUCUGUUUAAACAAGUAUUAGCAGCCGAAUCAAAAUGGGAAGCCGUCAAAGUGUUCUUGCCGGGCUUUUUUCGAUAAAUGGAAUACAUCUUAGGUACCAGAAGAAAGGGGUUCAAAUUCAAUGAUAGAUUUCAUGUUCAUUGUUGAUUUCCCCCUCUUCUACUCAUCUUGUGCAAUAUUAGUUAGAUAUUCAAGAUUCCUUCAUUUUUUUGUUCCAUAAAAUCUAUAAUCCUCUGUUA